CGAUGAUGCUCAAGCCCCAGGGUUGAAUCUGCCUUGCAGGACGCCUGCUCCGUUCGCGAACGAGGCUGAACACAGCACACCUUUUAUCGCAACCUCAACCUUUUCAAGGAAAAUAUUGCACUCCAUGGUCAAAGAUGAUACCUGGCCUGAAGAGGCCUUACCCCGACGAGGAAGGAGUAUCCUCUGCACAUCCUCCCACUUCUGUCAAGAGGAGGGAACUCGUCUCGACCUCCAAAGCCGUGGGAGCAAAUCCUGCGUCGGUCGCCUCGUUACGGACGACAGAAAGCAUCGACAGGCGCAAUAGACACGAUACCUAUCGCGAUGAUAUAACAGGAGCGCAUGAACCCUCUCCAGUGCCUUGGCUCUCGUCUCCGAGCCCUGGUGAUGCACUCGAGGUCCCCAGUUCGGCAGAAAGCACCUGGACACCCGCCACCUCCACUUCGAAUACCGAAGGAUUAGAAAUUAGGAACGAAAGUAACGAAAUAGAGAUCUGUUUUGGCAUGCUUGUAGAUGGGCUCCUCUCUGUAUGGAAAAGUUCUCCAAUAUCCAAAAUUUCGAGUUCUAGGCUAGGAGCACCGACUUUGAAACCACGUUUCCGAGACAACGGCAUAACUAUCCUAGAUCCGGCCAUGCAAGAAAUAGGGGUUUUGGACAAGAAGACUGCGAGUGGAAUGGUCUCCCUCAAAAAUACCGUAUCAUCAAUGCAGUUUGAGAUAUAUACAACCCCAGGGACGAAGCAGGUUCAAAGCCUGGAUGGGACACUAGGAAUACCACUUGAAAUUCUCGUUUUCGGACGGAGAAGUUCUCUAGUACAAGUUGGGUCUCUCCUAUCGCAGUCCAGCCUCUUUCUUCAAGAGCCGAUGAAUCGCCAACUUUCAGUAUCCUACAAGAACCCACACGUCUUCUCAUGGGAUGAAGAGGAGGAGGAUGAUGCAAAUUCUAGCUACCUGUUAGAGCCAUCAUCCGAGAGUCAAAUAAACUUUACGGACAAAAUUUACGAUGUCCUGAAUGGCCCAAGUGCCCCUCAAUUGUCUUUUCACGUCACACAGGAUCCAAGAAUUAGGUCCAUCCUCAAACAACACCAGUUAAUAGCCUUGAAGUUCAUGAUUGCUCGAGAGGGGCUAAUGGGGGCUGAUCGGCUUACCCUAUGGAAACCUGUAGACAGAAAUGGAAGACGAGUGUUCAAGAAUGAGAUUACACACUCCACCAAGAUAUUGAAGCCCUGUGAGUGCCGGGGAGGGAUCUUGGCAGAUGAGAUGGGCAUGGGGAAAUCGCUUUCGCUACUUACCCUUAUACUAUAUACUUUACACAGUCAAAGGUCAGGCAGCAAAGAGGAUAGGCAUCCUUUUGACUUGAAGGAUGAUAUCUGGUCAUCUGCAACACUGAUCAUUGCUCCAAAAUCGACAAUCCAGGGCUGGGAGCAGCAAGUCAAUAAGCACAUGCAGAUAGGUGCGCUCAAAGUCCAUAUCUACCAUGGAAACGGACGGAGAAUCACUCGCGAGCGGCUUAGUCAAUUUGAUAUCGUACUUACAACAUAUGAAACUGCAGCCUCUGAUGCUCCAACGUCCGGCAUUCUUUCUAGAAUAUCAUGGUUACGGAUCGUCUUGGAUGAAGCACAUCAAAUCAGGAACCGAUCCACAAGAAACUUUCAAGAACUCACAAAAUUGCGUGCAGAACGACGAUGGUGCUUGACAGGAACACCAGUACAAAACAAAUUGGGUGAUCUCUUUUCCUUGACGCAAUUCCUAGGAUUCGAGCCCCUUGAAAACCACGCCAAUGCUCGGAAAUAUAUCCUGGAACCGUUAAGUAGGAAGGAUUCUCAAGGUUUGGAGAAUCUUCGUUUGGCACUGCAAGUAAUAUCGUUGAGAAGAACGAAGCAGUCAUGCAGCAAUCGACGAAGGAUCGAAACGGUAGAGAAAGUUAUCUUGAACGAGAGAGAAAGGUGUUGCUAUAUUGCUACUCGGGACGACGCAAAGAGAUCAUUGAGUUCGGCGCCGGGGAAGUCUCAGGGCCGUAUACUUCUGCGAGCAAUAUCAACCCUCAGACAAAUCUGCAGUUACGGCGGAUCUAUCAUUGAUGCUACACCAGAUAUUCAACCUACUCGCGAGCACAGCAUCUGUGACAAAUGUGGAGACUCGAUCAAUACUCAGAAUGACUGUCAGCAAUCAUUUCAUGGUGCUUGUGGUCACAAUGUGUGUUAUGAGUGUACACUGGACCAGAGCGGUGCCGAAGACACUGCUUUGAAUGGCACGCCUUCAACCUGUUGGAUUUGCCAAGAGCCUGUGAUAUCAGUCUUCGAGGACGUACGGCAAUCGGGUGGCAACCAACUGAACAUCAUUCGUCCAAGAUAGAGAAAGUUGUCAUUAAUUUGCAACAACUCGAGCAAGCUUCACUAGCAAAUAGAAUGGAGCCAAUAAAAAGUCUCAUAUUCUCCCACUGGACUCGAACCCUAGACUGCUUAGAAGAAGCU